AAUAGUUAAGAUGUCCAUAUACCUAUGAAUAUUCUCUUGGUGAUAUGCAACUUUUUAUCUAGAUUUGGAGCAGCUCAACGUAAUUAUCUUCAUUAAAGGAACCACAACUGUUCAAGAAACCAAAAGCUUAUAUGGACCAAAAUAGCUCAGAGAUCACUAAACAUGGGCAAGCAGGGAGAAACCCUCUACUCCAAGCAGCCAUUAAGUUCUCUGCCAUUUACUAUCUUGGCGGGGACUCGCAGUCGCCUACUGCUUUAUGCAACGGAGUCCAAGCUCCAUCGAUUGUCCCCACCGUGAUGCUCCCCUCUGUUCCCCCAGGAAGUCUUGUUGUCGUCAUCUGCUACCUCGCUCUCGCCGUGAACUCCUGGGAUUGGUUUGGUUUGGUUCAGCCUUGCCUGUCCUCAAGUGAUAGACCGGCUCUCUCUAGCUCGAACGGGCAGCCCCGAUCCUCAUGGGCUCUCCUCUCCAUCUACAUGACGUCGAAAGGUUCGAGAAAGAGCGUUGGCUUCCUUUCUGUUGUUGAUGGUUUGGGUGCAGGACUAGGCUUCACGGAAGAGGACAUAUGUGUCAUAAAGUCCCAACUAAUCCAGCCACCAUCACAGAAGAUGGAAGCGUUCUUCAGUUUCUCGGAGGCAGCAUGGUUUCAAUCCAAGAUCUCCUGCGGGUUGGGCUGGACGGUGGCACUUGCUCUCAAGGCGGCUAUCAUGGCGGCUUUAGCAUUGGGUGUAUCAAGGCUGGCUUAUAUUUCGGAUUGUCAGGAGCUUGUUCUUCUGUCCAAUACCGGUGGCCACGCAAACGAACUCUUUCGUUCUAUGAUUUUGUCUAUGUUUGUUCCUUUUGUUCCAAGAAACCCUCCAACAUCACUCGGUUUAGCCUUCCUCGCGGUCUCUCUAGUCUCUCUGAUCUCCUCUUUUGGUGGUGCCUCUUCGCACCAAUCUCGAUCCUGUUUCAUCGCACGGAUCACGCUUCAUGUUUCCUCAUUGACGGGUCAAUUGAUGGCAGUUUUAAUGUUGUUUAGUAGAGAGAAACAGAGUCUUUCUUUGCUGAUAUCGCCUAGAGACCCUAGAGAGGCUAAAGCUUUGGUUAGGAUUGAAUGUGUGGUUUUCAUGGCGAUGAUUCCGUUACAGACGAUGGUUCUUGUUAUGGCUUGUGUAUUGCAUUGUUAUUGGGUUAGAGAGUUCCAAGGGUUAGAUGUGGAGACUGAAGACUCUUUUAGAAGAAAAUGUAACCGAAGAGUCUCGACUGUUGAAGAAGCGACUGGUUUGGAUGUUAAAACAAUGGAAUCGGACGAGAAGACGAAUGCGAAACAUGUUCAGUGGGUCAAAAACGAUUUCGAAGGUUAAGUAAAAAGUGGAAUCACUCUUGUGAAUGUUGGUGGCUGUUGGUUGUUUUAUAUAUGAGUCUAUAGUUUGCGUUUAUGGUUCAACGUUAUAUUUUACGUCUUGGUUUAACAAAAUUUUCGGUAGGUU